AUCGUCCUCGACCGUACCUGUCCAGCAGGCACCCGCACUUUUCGCGAGCUACUUCAUCGCAACCACCCCGUUGUCGCAUAUGCCCGCAACCCUUCCAAGAUCCCCAGCGAUCUAUCCCCAAAUCAUCUUCUUAUAGUCAUCCAAGGCGAA